AUUCUUAUAUAAACUUCUGUUAUAUCCAUGAGCUUGCUAACUGAAAUUGUAAGUAAAAAAUGCCUCAGGAGUUGCGUGUUGUACGAUGUUAUAAAUGCGAGAGUUUUCAGGUAGACAUAGAAAAAAAAUCCAAUAAAUGGACAUGCAAACUUUGUGGCGAGAAACAAUCAUUAAAAAAGGUUUACAGUUCUGGUCAAGGCAAAGAUUGCAGAAAGUUGGUGCAAGAAUUAAAUCAAAUGAGAUUUAAAAGAGAUUUGACUUUAGAGGAAAGAUUAAAGGAAUUAGCUUCAAUUGAUAAUGAAAAUCUAACACCAGAAAUUCAAAAUAUACAAGCAUCAUCUUCAAAUAAAUGGUCUGAAUUUAUUGAAAAUGAAGUGAUAGUAAGUGAAGAUGAGGAAACAGAAGUACAAAAAUCUCCUCCAAAGAAAAAAGUUAAGUUGUCUUUGGAGAGAGUUAUUGACAAACCUGACCCAAUAAAAUUUCUUCUAACUGAUGAUGUCUCUGCGAAGAAAACUCAAAAAAGGCAUUUGCCUCCAGAAACGGAUAUUUUUAAUACACCAAGUAAAUACACAAAGUUAAAUAAUGCUGCUAGAUUUUCAACUUCUGAUAUUGAAUCUGUAAAUAAAUCUGUAAAUAAAUGGUUGCAUUAUAUUAAUGAAGAUGAAAGAAAUGAUAAUGAAACAAAUAAAUAUGAAGAAAUAGAUGAUAAAACAGAAACACAAAUUCUACAAGGUCUACUAACAAUGUGAUUAAACCUGAAGAUGAAAGCUGUAAAAACAGGCUUCCUGAGUCUCAAUCAAAUUACAACUGGAAUUUUCAUACAGAGUGGGACUCAUUUAGUGAACCGUCUCAAACUAGUUGCAACGAAGUUGAGUUGAAUGAUAUAAUUGAUGAUCAAUUUGAAGAGUUUGAAAGCAAGACUGUAGAACCAUUGCCCGAAUUAAAGAAGAAAAGCA